AUGCCAAAGCAACGUAACACGUCCGGCUGGUCGUACAACAACGCAGCCGGGUCGUCCAAGUCCGGUGGACGGGGGCCCAACAACCGCGUCACAGGUGCAGGCAAGAAGGCGACGGCGCAGAAAAAUCAGCUCUAUUCGAAGCCGCUCCCCGUCGAACUCGACGGUGCCUCGGAGCAUGACACUUCCGGGGUCGAAGCCGCGCCAUCACUGUGGUCGAGUCUCUUGUCGCUGCUGACGCUGGGCACUUCCUCUUCCACGAGCAAACCACCCAGCUCACAGAAAGAAAAAGAGAAAGUCGCCGUCUGCUACGACGCCAACCUGAACACGGUGUGGGUGGAAGACCUCGACCAGGGCGUGAGGCUUCUGUGGCAGCGCGGAUUCUUUGGCAAGGGCAAUCUGUCGAGGUCCGAGCCUACGUGGCGGCAGCGCAAGGUUAACGAGAUCGACGCGCUGCGCAAGGGCCGCAUGACGGCCGAGCAGCUCACGCAGCAAAGGCGCGAGGAGCGCAAGGCACUCAAGAUCGAACGCGCACGAGCGGCCGUGCGCGCAGGCCAGCAGCUGCCCGAUGGAAUCCUCGCUCUCGGCGGCGAGGUGACCGAGGCGGAUAGGGCGCCCGGUGCCUCGCACGACCGACUCAUGGCCGACAUCGAACGUCAGGUGGAAGAACAGCUCGACGACGAAGAUGCGGCGCACGACCAAGAUGCAGAUGCCAGCAUGGGUGGAGAGGCGCAGUCGGCGCUUUGGACGGGACAGGAGGAGGUGCCGGAUAUCACGCCCGGUGUGGCGCGCAUCAAAGGUCUCAAAUACUUUGCCGAAGAGGUGAAAGCGAGCCAGGCGCGCAAAGCUGCGCAGUCCAGCACUGUCGAUGGCCAAAUCAGCGAGACCGCCGCUUCAAAGGACGAAGAGAACGACACCUCCGACAUUGACGUUGUGGACGUAGAGAGGAUGCAACUGUCUCUGGUCGAGGCGUUUUUCCUGUCGUCGAUGUUUGGUUGUCUGGACAUCCGCACCACCACGCGUCGGCACACAAGCACACCGUUGGGGCUUGACGAGUUCUACCAGCUGUGCUUGGAAUCGACUCUACCGCAGCCGCUGCUGGACCUUCGUUCGCGCGGGCUAGCUUCUCGACACCUUGCGUCGCUAUGCGCACGACCGGACAAUCCGUUCCUGAUCAACUAUGUUGCCUACCACCACUUUCGAUCGCUCGGCUGGGUGGUCAAGAGCGGCAUCAAAUUCUGCGCCGAUCUGCUGCUGUACAAGCGCGGACCUGUGUUUUCGCACGCCGAGUUUGCCGUCGUCAUCAUCCCGUCGUACGAAGACGAGGCGGAUGUCCAAACCGGCCCCUUCGCACCACACCCGAAUGCGGGGAGAAAAGAUUGGACAUGGUUUAGUACGACGAAUCGAGUACAGAGCCAGGUGCUCAAGACGCUCAUUUUGGCCCACGUGUUUGUCCCGUCCAUCAAGAGGUGUCCGCCCGAGACGCUCGAGUCGCCCGCGGCGUUCUUCGAGGCAUUACGCAUGCGCAGGAGCUAUGCUGUCAAGGAGGUGGCCAUCCGCAGAUGGGUGCCCGCCAGGAUGAAGCCGUGA